AUGGAAGCUGUCAAGCCGUCUUCGGGGCUUCUGCGAUAUGAAGAUGGCGUAACAGCACAAAAAAGUGUCUACCAUGUAAGCGAACAGCGUCGUAGUGAUCAGAAGUCCAUCGAUGCGAAGGUCAUGCGAGCGCUCAGUUCACAGGCAAAUGGUCGCAUGCUAACUGCCUAUCUUAUGAGGCCUUUUUCGCUGAGCCAUGCCGACAGGCCGCACAAAAUGGUUUUCUAG